CCGCAUCUGUCGAAAACCAAACCAACAUGGUGUCGUUUGUAUGAAAUCAAAAGAGAAUUCGGCAGCAGAUAGAGUGGAGUGUAAACUAAAGCGGCUGCGAAGAAGUACGAUCUAAAGAAUAGAAAAUCAGGCAGUUAAAGUAGUGUGAAAAUGCAUCGGAAAACGUCACCGUUUCCGUACGAUCCCAUGAUCAUACCGCGCGUUAAACAAUAUCUCGAGGAAAAUGUACACCAAACGUACGUCGAUACGGGCGUGAUGGCCCGGGAGCUACAGCAACGUUACCGCGAAUACCACCGCCGUAAAGCAAACCCAUUCCGAUUGCUGGUAGAAGAGGCGUACCGUACCGUGCUGCACAGCUACGGGCUGGACAGUAAUGCGUCCUCGGAAGAUGAAGCUGCCUCGGAUGUGGAGGUGAUGGAUGAAAGCGCACAGCGAAAUCAGAUGAGCAACACACUGACCAGCAUGUACAUGAACAAUCGAAAUCGUGCCGCAACGUCGCAAACAGUUCCAGCGGAUCAGUCCGGGACGGGAGCAGAUGGCGAUGCGAUUGACAUAAGCAGCGAUGAGGAUGAGGGUGCCCCUGCAGCUGAGGCUGCCGAAGCAAGUGCUGGAGGUGAAUCGAAUUACGUUGAAAAAUUCGUAGCACGCAACAAACACGUGACAGUAACCAAAUUGACCCGUCCCGCGAGCAAAGCGCGCGAUGAUGACUCCAGCAACGGAAGCUUUGAGAGCGGUGCUAACGCGUCCGAAAAAUGUCCACCCGAAUCGAAACGCCGACGCAUGGAAACGGGUGGUGCUGCCCGUGGACCGACGCAAAGCUACACCAAUGGGCAGGCGAGCCGUGGGCCGAAAGCAAGCGAACAGCCGAGCAAAUCAAUCAAAGGGGAACAGUCGAAUCAAAAUCAAGCUACCGGAACGCCAGCCACAGCAACGCCCGGUCAGCGUAUGAAGAAGUUCCGCAAGGAGAUUACCGCCACCAUGGUUGACAUUAACUUUAACGAUGUCGGUGGCAUGGACUCGGUGCUGAAGAAUCUGUGCGAGUUGCUGCUGCACGUGAUACAUCCGGAGAUAUAUCGGCAUAUCGGAUUGCCGCCGCCAAGAGGUUUCCUGCUACACGGUCCACCAGGUUCGGGAAAAACGCUUCUCGCCAGAGCUAUUGCCGGGCAAUUAAACGUGGGCCUGAUCGAAAUCCCAGCCACCGAGCUGGUGGCCGGCGUGUCCGGUGAAUCGGAAGAACGAAUAAGGGAUGUGUUCGAGCAGGCCGUCUCCCUCGCACCGUGCGUCCUUUUCAUCGAUGAAAUUGAUGCCAUUUCGUCGAACCGGAUUAACGCACAGAAGGAUAUGGAGCGGCGUAUUGUGGCACAGCUGCUCAGCAGCUUGGACGCACUCGGCAAGCAGGAAAAAGGCGAAGGAGUAAUCGUUAUCGGGGCUACCAAUCGGGCGGAUGCACUCGAUCCAGCGUUACGCCGUGUUGGACGAUUCGAUCAAGAGAUUUCACUUGGCAUCCCGGAUCGGCCGGCACGUACGCAGAUAUUGCGGAUCAUUUGCCGGAAGCUAAAGAUUGGCGAUACGAUCGAUUAUGGGGAGCUGGCAAAGCUGACGCCCGGAUACGUUGGGGCGGAUCUGUUGGCGCUUGCUACACGGGCUGCCAAUAACGCUAUCAAACGGCUUUUCACCAAACAGGAGUGGAGUAUAUUGAAGGAUUUGUCCGAAUCAAGCGCGGACGAGAAUGUAGUGGCCAUAGACGACGAACCGGAAGAGGUGGUCAAUCUUGACGAUGAAAAAGAUGAUCAGAAAGAAGCAGAAACCAAACCGUCCAAGGAAACGGACGAAAAAGAGGCCCCAAAAACAGUCGAAAGCAUCGGCAGCGUAGAUAAACCAAACGAGCCCGAACAGAUUGUGGCCGAUUCGACGCAGGUGACUGAACCUGUAGCAGCUGUCCCGGUAGAGGCGGUUGCUGCGGAAAAAGAAUCGAAGGACGUAGCAGCUGUCGAGACGACGGAAAAAAUGGAUGUCGAUGCGGAACAAAUUCCGGCAGAAGCCUCCACGGAAAGCGCCCCUAAGGAAGGCAAUAGGACGGAGGUCGUUGAAGAGGAUCAGCCAAUGGAGGAGAAAACGAGUGAAAAUCAAACUGCAGCAGCUGCUGUGGACCCACCCACCGUAGAUCAACCAGCAUCAGCAGCAGCAGCAGCAGUCGAAACAGCUAUGGAAGCAGACAGUUGCAUUCCCUCGAAGGUGGUCACCAAAGUCAAACCGAAAGAGCUCACGCUUGAGCAGAUGCUCCAACUGCUGCUCAAUCAACAAAAUGCACUACCGAUGACGGAUAUCGAGGGACUACGCAUCGAGCGGGAGGAUUUUAUGGAAUCGCUUAAAACUGUGCAACCGUCAGCAAAGCGGGAAGGUUUCAUUACCGUACCGGACGUAACGUGGAACGAUAUCGGGUCGCUGGGUGAUAUACGGGAGGAGCUAAAGCUAGCCAUACUCGCACCGGUAAAGUUUCCGCAGCGGUUGAAGCUGCUCGGACUGAACGCACCAUCCGGCGUGCUGCUGUGCGGACCACCGGGCUGUGGUAAAACGCUUCUUGCCAAAGCGGUCGCAAAUGAGGCUGGGAUAAACUUUAUCUCGGUUAAGGGACCGGAACUGCUAAAUAUGUACGUCGGUGAAUCGGAGCGUGCCGUACGGCAGUGUUUCCAGCGUGCCCGAAAUUCCGCACCGUGUGUUAUCUUUUUCGACGAAUUUGAUUCACUCUGCCCGAAGCGAUCCGAUACGGCCGAAAGUAGUGCCGGAUCGCGCGUCGUCAACCAGCUGCUAACCGAGAUGGAUGGUAUUGAGGAGCGCAAGGGUGUAUUUUUGAUGGCGGCCACCAACAGACCGGACAUUGUUGAUCCGGCCGUACUACGCCCGGGACGUUUGGAUAAGAUUCUGUACGUGGGACUGCCGGCGAAGGACGAUCGGGUCGAUAUAUUGCGUGCGUUGACAAAGAACCGUACCCAACCUCCGCUGGCCGGUGAUGUAGAGUUUGAGAAGGUGGCCGAACUAACGGACGGAUACACGGGAGCAGAUUUGGCCGGACUGGUACGGCAGGCUUCGUUACAAACGCUUAAGGAUUCGAUUGUGGUCAGUGGGGCGGAGGAACGUGUGGGUGAUGGUGCCCAACAGCGGGAAGAUGAUGCGCAGCUGUGUCUGGUGGUACGAUUCGAGCAUUUCCUUCAAGCGAUACGAAACACCAAACCAUCGGUUAGCGCAGAGGACAAAAAGCACUACGAGAAGCUACGCCUAAAGUAUGGCGUAAACUUGAUUGCUUAAAGUAUGUUGCCAACUCCAACUUCAAAUAUCUCAUUUCGCUCAUGUGGAGGUGCGAAUUUACGGUUCGGUAUCAAAGAGAGAAGGAGUCUGUUCGUUUCCAUCACACUCAUCGUUCAUGGAAGGAAGUGUUCCGCUUAUUACUAGAAAUUUCCGUUAAGCCAGGGAAGUUGAACCAUUACUAUUUGUUUCCCAUUUGCUGGUUUAAGCAGGUAUAUCCAGGUGUGAAUUAUUAUUUUGUUACAUUAACGUUCCCAAAACACGCCCGUUUCAUGUUCCGAACAUAGCAUAUUCGAUAGGAGUACUAUGAGUGGUGUAUGUUCUGUACAUGUCUACCGAAAAAUGUAACUCUACAUCUAACCGAUUGUCGAGCUUUCUUCGACCGGAACCUAACCUGACCCAUUAUUAUAAUCGAAUGAAUUAAAAAUAAAGUGAGAAGUCGUUAUUUUAAGCA